GUAUGAUUUAGCUGCAGGAAGCAUUAAGAAGGGGAAAGACUGCAACCAGGACGCGGUAUACUCACUCUUUGAAGGCUUCUAAUGAGGACAAGUUGCUUCAUGGCUUCUCUGACUUUUCACACUUCUUCUAGUGAGCUCCUUCCCUCCGGAGAGUUGUCUUUUUAUUAAAAAAAGGGGAAAAAAAGAAAAAAAAAUCCACGGACCUUGAACCCGUGCUGUUUUUCCUUCUUUCUUACUGUGCGUAAUUUGGAUCCAGGAUCGAGGAGGAAAAACAGAGGCGACACCACAACAACACGAGGAAAUCAACGCAGAAAUUGGAUCUAAAAUGAAAGCCGUCUUGGAUUUCUGCUUGCUUUUCCUCAUGCUGCACACUCCCGGCGUGCUGUCCUUGUCCACACAUGUAGCAAUCAUCUACCCCCAGGACCCUGUGCUUCGCAUGGGGUCCAACCUGACAGCCAGCUGCUGGGUCCACCCCGACCUCGGCGUCCAUGCCAGCUCUCUGUUCUGGACACUGAACGGUCAACAGCUGCCCAGCUCCCUCUACAGAGUGCUGAGCCCCACCAACCUCAGCGUGACGCUGGCCGGACUCAACGCCUCCAGGCAAACAUCCGGCGACAACCUUGUCUGUCACAAUCACAAGGGACACAUAUUGGCUGGCUCCUGUCUUUACGUUGGGAUGCCUCCACAGAAGCCAGUCAAUCUGACCUGCUGGUCCCGGAACACGAAGGACCUGACUUGCAGCUGGGCUCCGGGAGGAAAAGGAGAGACUAAUAUCAGCACACAGUACCGGCUCAAGUACAAACUCAGAUGGUACGGUACGGAGAAGCAGUGUGAAGAUUACACUCACACGCAGCCGUACUCCUGCAGCAUCACUCAGGACCUGCACCUCUUCACGCCCUACGAGAUCUGGGUGGAGGCCUCCAACCAGCUGGGCCGGGCUACUUCGGAUGUCAUCACCCUUGACAUCUUAGACGUGGUAACCACCGACCCUCCGUCAGGUGUGACUGUCAGCCGUGUCGGCCAGUUGGAGGACCAGCUGAGCGUCCGCUGGGAGGCCCCACCUGCCCUCAAAGACUUCUUAUUUCAGGCCAAAUACCAGAUCCGCUACAGGCUGGAGGACAGCCAAGACUGGAAGGUGAUGGAUGAUGUCGGGAAUCAGACUUCGUGUAGGUUGGCCGGACUGCGACCUGGAACAGUGUAUUUCGUCCAGGUUCGCUGUAACCCUGUAGGCAUCUACGGCUCUCGCAAAGCUGGGAUCUGGAGCGAGUGGAGCCACCCGACUGCUGCUUCCACACCCCACAGUGAGCGCCUGAUGUCCUGUGACUCCAAGUCGAGCGGAGAUUCCAACUCCACCCUGCGCAGGGAGCUGAAGCAGUUCUUCGGCUGGGUGCGGAAACACGCCUACGGCUGCAGCAGCAUGUCCAUGAAGCUGUACGACCAGUGGCGAGUGCUGAUGCAGAAAUCCCACAAAGCUCGCAACCAGGUAGGUUCUCCAAGGGGAUAAGUCAUAGCACAUGCCGGCUUUACGAGCAGAAAACAAGUCAAGAAAAAGAACUGAGUGAAUGUGAUCUGUUUUUUUGUCUGUGUGUGUAUGACAAAUGAGAAAAAGAGAUUGUAUUCGUAUAGUGGAAUUAUAAAGACAAUUUGCUGCAGACGUCUUGUGCGGAUACCAGCUGUGGCUGCAAGAGGACGCCCAAAGGAAAAAAGAAACGAUAAAAAAACGGUGGGAUUUUCUGCCUGUCUGCAUCUUUUGCAGUCAAUACAAGCACUUGAAAAAUGUGCGGCCUGGACGGACUGAGAAGGUGAACUCAUCAUGGACAUCCUGGUAUCAUGGCAUGGCAAGGAAGGGACCGUGUGGACUACUCUGCUCUCACAAAUGAUAUUGUAGCAUGAAUAACCUACAAAAAAACAGAUUCAAACUCACCAAAAGUGUUGCCCAGGCGUCUGAAAGUAUCCUGAGAUGCUUCGGGGUUUCUCCUGUGGAUCCAAAGCACCAUCUAGUGGCCGUUCAGCACCCGUGGCUUCACCGAUCCUGCAACAAAUUUAUCAUACAGUAUUCCUCAUUCAUGCUUUUGUUACAUAGGUGGAUAAUUUGCCAAACUGCUUCACUCAGGAUGCGUCUGUUUCUGUGUGACAGUAUGUGACUGAUGCCAUGGUGGUGUUUGGAAACAUUUCACUGCGUUUAUUUUUGUACUGAAAUUGUACCAGCAUAUUUAAAAGUAUAAAGUUAUGUUUUAAUUCUUAAAUUAUGUUUAGUUUAGUAAAGACUGUACAAUGACUGAAGUUGUUAUCGAUCUCUGAUGAUGUUCUAUAUAAAAAAUGUUGCCAUAAACGGAGGGGUUUGGAAAUCAGUUGUGUUACAGUAGCAAAGCAGAAGAUUGGGGGGGGAGAACCAAAAAAAACACGACUCGGCUGUUUCUCAUUUUGGUCCAAACUGAAGUUCUUUCCACACAGCGAGUGAUGUGGACAAAAACAACAAAUAUCAGCAUGUGGAACUGGAGCAGCACUUUAUUUAUAUCUCACCCCAGAAAUAAGCAGAUGGUCAUUUGUGUGACUUAGAGCAUUAAUAUCAUCUUGAAGAAGAGGAAAACCUUUAGAAGAUCUGCUCCAUUAAAUAUUUUCCAUUAACUCUUUA